AUGCUGUGCCAAGACCGCCCCUGGGUGGCAGCCCUCUUCAUGGGGCUGCUGCUCAUCGCCAUCUGGAGCGCCCGGCUGACGACGGGGUUCGACGGGGUCGCGGUGCUGCUGUUCGCGCAGGACGGGGCCGGCAGGCCACAACACGAAAACGACUUGGCGGUGGCGGAGAGGGUGUUCAUCCAGCAGGCGAUGGACACGGAGUUCCCCACGCCGAUCGACUACAGCCCCAUACGGGAGGUGUGCGCCCGCACGCCCUCCAACUUCAGGCCGGGCCUGCUCUUCACGUGCGAGGGCCAGCACGGCGGGAUCGGCAUGCUGCGCAACCAGAUCCUCAAGUGCGUGCGGUACGCCAUCAACGGGGGCGGCGCCCUCGUCGUGCCCUCCAUCGCCCUGCGCAACCCGAGCGACCUGACCGACAUCGAGACGACCAACGAGGUGCCGCUGGACUACCUGCUCGAGCGGGACGCCUUCGUCAGGCACCUCGAGGCCGGCUGCCCGGGGAUGCGCAUAUACGACAGGGCCGAGGACUUCCCGGGCUACGACCAGCGGGUGGAGGUGGACCUGACGGGCGACCAGUUCGAGCCCAACCACCCGCGGGAGGGGCUGCGGUUCCCGCGCGAGUGGCGGCGCUUCUUCGACGAGUGGCUGGCGGGGGAGAAAGGGGUCAGCAGCAUCAGCGCCGACAAGCCCGUCCACGUGCGGAUGGGCCAGUCCUUCCUCGAGUACCCGGUCCACGACGACGGCGACGCCUUCGCCAACGAGUUCGGCAAGAUCCUGUCGUUCCGCAACGACACGCGCGCGAUGGCCGCCAAGGUCCUCUGGGAGCUCAAGGAGCGCUUCGGCCUGCGCCUGGACCCGGCGGCCGCCAUCAACGGCGGCGCGUACUACGGCGCCCACCUGCGCCUCGAGGAGGACGCCGUGUGGGCGUGGCCGCCCGACGAGUGGCGCUUCUCGCGCGUCGACGAGCAGUUCCGCGAGCAGUUCGAGAACAUCGCGCGCACGGGGCUGCGCGUCGUCUACGUGGCGUCGGGCGACCAGGGGGUCGUGGACCUGUUCAGGGAGCGGCUGAGGGCGUCGGGCCUGGUGGAGGGCGACGUGGACGUGGUCACCAAGCACGACCUGCUCCGGGGGGCGGACCGCGAGCGGCUCGACGCCUUCACCUUUGACCAGCAGGCCCUGGUCGACUUCACCAUGAUGUUCAAGGCGAGCGCCUUCAUGGGCGUCGCGCACUCCAGCUUCCCCUGGAACGUGGCCCUGCGGCGGCACGAGGUCAGCAGGUACAAGGCUUACGGCAACGAGGGCUCGGAUCUCCUGAGGGACGAGUACAGCAUCAUCAUGGGCAUGCGGGCCGACUACCCGCACGUGGACCCGUUCGAGUACGGUAUAUGGCCGUGA